AUGGGAAGCGACAGUUUAUUAAAUUCACCAAAUGCCGGAUUGGAUUUAUCAUCGAUCGGAAAACUUUACGGUGACGUUUCAUCGACGAGUAAACUCAUAGCAUGCGAUUCAAAAUAUUAUUCAUCCGAAUCGAAAAUCUACGAAACUCGUCCAUCAGAAUAUAAAUACUAUGGUAAUUCGUUGCAAUCCUCCAGGAGUUUUUCAUCGGAUUCCAGGUUCGGUCAUUGCGAUUCGAGUUCCGUCAAGUGCGAAACGGAUGACGUACCUCCACCCCCUCCGCACUCGUACCAUUCUUAUUACGGUUACGAUCCAUCUUUACCCUCGCACAUGGUCACUCAUUCUUGA